UCUGCAACACAAACCACGCUUCACAAUGUCUUCUUCUUCCUUUACCAUGUCAGUAUUGCUCUCCCUGUCUCUUUUCUCACUCUUUGCAUUCAUUGCUCAGGCUCAAGUUCCGGCAAACCAAACUUUCAAGUUUGUCAACGACCAAGAGUUUGGCCCUUACAUAGUAGAAUACGACGGAAGCUACCGUAUGCUUAGCAUCUUUGCCGCUCCUUUCCAACUUGCCUUCUACAACACAACCCCGAAUGCCUUCACGUUGGCUCUCCGGAUGGGCCUGACCCGCUCGGAGUCCCUCUUCCGUUGGGUUUGGGAGGCCAACCGAGGAAACCCCGUUGGCGAAAAUGCCACCCUCACUUUUGGGACUGACGGAAACCUGGUCUUGGCCCACGCCGACGGCCGCGUGGCAUGGCAAACCAACACGGCCAAUAAGGGUGUCGUGGGCCUCAAGUUGCUUCCAACCGGAAACUUGGUGCUCUACAACUCGAAGGGCAGUUUCGUUUGGCAAAGCUUCGACUACCCGACGGAUACUUUGUUGGUUGGCCAGUCGCUUAGGGCAGGGGGAGUGAACAAGCUCGUGAGCCGGCUAUCUGAGGCAGAAAACAAAGACGGGCCAUACAGCUUGGUGAGGGAGCCUAAAGGAUUGGCUUUGUACUACAAAAGCGCCAAUUCCCCAAAGCCUUUGCUCUACUUCUCAUUCUCUGAAAGGAUUAACAUUCAGAAGGGCACUUUGGACCAUGUGACAGUAAAUGUGUCUCCGGAUACGGAUGAGGGUUUUGCCUAUAACAUAAACCUAGAUUAUCAAGUGGGUAACACUACUACCUCGGGUGGAAUCAUUCUAGCAAGACCCAAGUACAACAGCACGCUGACAUUCCUCAGGCUCGGCAUCGAUGGAAAUGUUAAGCUUUACACUUACAACGACAAGGUCGAUUGGGGUGCUUGGGAGGUGACCUUUAGUCUUUUCGACAGAGAUAAUUGGAUUUGGGAAACCGAGUGCCAAUUGCCCGAGCGAUGCGGAAGCUUUGGGGUUUGCGAGGACAGCCAGUGUGUUGCUUGCCCAUCUUCUAGUGGAGUCUUGUUGGGUUGGAGCAAGACUUGUGCGGCCGAGAAGCUAACUUCUUGUGAUGCAAAGAGCUUCCACUACUACAAAAUCGAAGGGGUUGAUCAUUUCUUGAGCAAGUUCACUAGUGGAUCGGCUACAACGGAGGUCGCUUGUGGUAAAAAGUGCACUUCCGACUGCAAGUGUCUGGGGUACUUUUACAACAGGGAUUCGUCAAGGUGUUGGAUAGCUUAUGAUUUGAAGACCUUGACCAAAGUUGCCAACUCCACUCAUGUGGGUUACAUCAAGGUAUCUAAUCACUAGUAUCAUAUGGGUUGUAUCAAUUAAUUAAUUAAGCCCCUAAUCUGCGUUGGGGGCAGUUUGUUGUAUUUCUCAUUCAUUAUUGCCUGUAAUAAUGAUCUGGAAUAAGAGCUCUGUUGUGCUUCUAAGAGAUUCUCA